AUGUUUCUCGUAGCUGGACAUUGUUAUUAGCCUGUCUAUCAUCAGUUGAGAUUGGCAACCCAGGAAGAACCCCUAGAUGAAGAAGAGUCUCGAGACGAGGAAUUGUAAUAUGCUUCAAAGGAUGUUCAGGAGUCAAGACUGAUAAAAAUAAAUGAUAUUCAGGGGAGUCCCCUUAGUGCAGGUGGAGGUGCAAUGAAGUAAAGUCAUUUAUGCAAAAAGUAAUUGAUUGUUAAAUUGGAAGAAGGACUUCCUGAUCUUAAGAUAUGCAUCGAAGAUGAAACACUAACUUGUGGCUGGCUUAUUGGAGAAGUCACUAGGCGCUACGCUUACCUUAUUGAUUAGCACAAGCAUGAAGGCCAACGAAUAGUUCAUCAUGGAGAGUAACCACCACAUAUAAAAAUAAAGAAAAAAAUUAUUGCGGCUAUCAAAAGUUCCUCUCAAAACGAAAGUCUGGACUUUUGGCUAACCCUCUACAACAGAUCUUUAAAUGCACUAUGGGAUGGGCUAUAGAAAAAAGACUCAGGCCUAUUAUUUGCAAUGAAGGUGAUGGAAAAGAGUUUCGUAAUGAACGAUGGAAAGUUUAGACAAGUAAUGUGUGAGAGGUAAAUAAUGGAAACACUUAAUCAUCCUUUCAUCGUAAAACUACACUGGGCAUUUUAGUCAAGUCAAGAGUUGAAUUUUGUGAUGGAUUUAUGUGCAGGUGGAGAAUUGUUUUAUUUAUUACAUCAGAGAGGUAGGAUGUAGGAAAGACAAGCCAAAUUUUAUUUCGCGGAAAUUCUUCUAGGUCUCGAAUUUAUUCACUCGAAAGGAAUUGUAUAUAGAGAUUUAAAACCAGAAAAUGUACUACUCGAUAUUGAUGGCCAUAUCAAAUUAGCUGAUUUUGGAUUAUCAAAAUAUCUUCCAAGUCUUAUGUCUCUAACAAACUCAUUCUGUGGAUCCCCGGAGUACAUGAGUCCUGAAAUGCUAAAUGGACAAGGCCAUGGUUUCGCUGUUGACUAUUAUAGCUUAGGGGCUAUCCUAUUUGAGAUGUUAACUGGAUUGCCACCGUUUUAUUCAACGGAUAGAAUGUAAAUGUAUCAAGAUAUCGUUGAUUCGAACUUAUCUUACCCUGAUUACUUAAAUCUGUAGGUAGUUGAUCUGCUAAAGAAGCUAUUAUGUAAAGACUAAGCAUAGAGACUAUCAUUUAACUCUAUCAAUAAAAUAAAGACUCAUCCAUGGUGUAAAGAUAUUGAUUGGCCAGGAAUGUUAGAAAAGAGAAUUGAACCACCUUGGUUGCCAGAUAUCACUAAGAGCAAUUUCGAUCCUGAUUAUACUUCAUUACCAUUAGACUUAACAGACUUAAAUUCUUCUCCAGAAUACACUCAAACAAAGAUAAAUGCAAGAAGAUAAAUAUAAAGAAGUGUCUAUUGCUGUAUAGACAACUCAGCAAUGACUUCUUUCUACGAUUCAACAACAAUUGCAGAAAAUUCUGGAUUUUUAUAGAAUCAUCAUAGUGGAUAUCAUGAGAACAUAACUCAAAACAAUCAACUUAAUAUUUAUUCAUCUAGAAGUAAAUUGCUUGAAUUCAGUGCUAAUAAAUCUGCACUAAUGAAAAGCCCUCGAAGCAAAGAAGUUGAAAAAGCUCUUGAUUAAAUGUUUAGAGGGUUUUCCUUUUAUAGCGAGCCUGUAGAAGAAAAAGAAGUCCAAAGACAAAUAAGGGAAUAUUAAAAAAUAAAAGAAUAAUUAAAGAAAAAGAAUUAGUUAUAGGUGAGUAAAAUAAAACCAUAGAAUUAUGAAGAAAUGAAGUAAUAGGCUAGAGGAGAACUUCCUCCUAAAGCUCAAAGAUAAAUAAAUCAUAACAGUAAUAUAAUUCUGGCAAAUAUGAGAGGUGCAACCUAAGCUAUCUAAUAAAAUGCAUAAAGUAUUAUGUAAAAAAGUAAUAGUAAAAAUCAAAUUGUUCUAAGGAGACACGAUCAAUCUAGUAUAAUUGAUGAAGAGAUAAGUAUUGCUCAGGAAUUUAGUCGAGUAGACGAAGAUUCGGAUUUAGAUGAACAGCCAGGGUAAAAGGAUUCUAAGAUUAAUAAAAUAAAGAUAAACAACACAACAGAGAAUAGUAUAACUAGAGCUAAUGAUCUAAAUUCAAGAAUAUUCGAUAGUUAUACUUAGGGAACACUAUCCCCAUCAGGUAUAAUGACAAUGCAAUAAACAGCUGUGAAAGCUUACUUCAAUAAUAAUAGGGCAAAUACCAAGUCUAGUGAUAGUACACCUUUCAAUAAUUAACGAAAAUACAAUGGCACUGAAAAUAAUUCAUUAAUUAGCCAAGUAUGUCAGAAUCCUGAUAACAACUCACUGAAGAAACCUAAAUUUCUAUAAAAAUUCACUAGUUAUCUAACGAAAGAUGAUCCUUAAAAGAAGAAUCUCAUGAAAGAUUUUUCUCCAAUUCAAUCCAAGAAUACUGCUUCAGUAAUUCAAAAUAACAUCAACAAUUAUUCAACUAAUUCAUAAUUUAGUUCUCCAAGCAAAGUAAAGUAAUCUGAUAGAAAUACAUUUAUCAGUGAAAAUAGCUACUAAGGCUCAAUAGUUAAUGCUCAAAUCAUAAACUAAACGAUCUCUGGGGGUUUUAGUAGAAAUAAUUCAGGAAAUAUCAUAACAUCAAUGAGCAAUAAUAACUAGACGACUAAUUAAAGAACAUCAAUGAUUUCAGUAGCUGAUAGUAUUUAGAAUAGCUUAAUGUUUAGUAAUACUUAGUAGUAGGAUACCAUAAAUUCUACAGGACCUCAAUCUGCAGGACCUCAAUCAAUGCUGAUGACUUAAAGCAAGUCAAGAAAUGGAUCAUCUAACUUAGGAAGUGCUAGUUCACAUAAUACUAUUCAUGGAGUCCCGAAUUGUUUGAAGUCAUAAGAACAUAUUCACAAUUCAACAAAAGCAUAGUCGUUAUAUCAAAGGUAAAAAUAGAAUCAGAAUCUGAAUCUAACUCCUUUCAGUAUAAUUGAAACAUCUUCUAAUAAUAACUCUUCUUCCAAUAAAGGCUUGGUCUAGUAGUCUUUUUGCUAAAAACCUCCCAGACAGCAAAAUCAAAGUAUCUAAUAAAUAAAUGGCACUCUAAGUAGACAGUAAUCCAUAAAUUAUAGCAACCAAUCUACAAAUAUGCAAACUUCACUGACUGCUUAUUAACGAUCAAAAGCUACACUUUCAAAUAUUAAGGGGGCAACAAUGCAUUCCUCAUUAUAAAGAAAGUAAUCUGGAUUAAAUGAAACUCAGAUAUCAGGCUAACUUAUAGUACCAUAAAAUUUGACUAAUAAUUAAAGCUCUUAGUCCCUUGGUCCCAAGAAAAAUCUAAAAAUUCUAUCAUCAACGAAUGUUCUUUCUCACAUGAGUGACAAAUUGAGUAAUAUAACACCAAAGUAUUAGAAUCACUAAGACAGUAGUAGCACAUCAUGCAAGAGAAAGCAACAGAUAUAAAACACAGCCGUGUCAUCUUCUAGUUAUCAAUCGAUAGUAGAAAUGAGCGGCAAACAAGUACUUCAAGAACUCAAUAACUUCAACCCCCUUGGAACUUUUAAGUAAGCUCAUAGAACAUUCUCAAAAGAAAGUGAAAAUAGGGCCCCUCUAUAAUCCACGAAUAAUCUCAGUGAUGCCAAACCUUCUCAGAAUAAUCUGAAUCUUAUGUACUAUAAAAGAAAUGAAUCUUAAAGUAAGAAGCGACUAGAUAACACUAGAGUCAAGGGAGGGUAGCAACCUUAGAAUGAAAACUUGCUUCAAUACAAUGCAGCUUCUUAAAGUAAAGGGAGAGGUUAUCUGACAUUAAAAUGA